CCCUGCGCGCCGCCCUCCCGCGCCCCGCCGCCGUCCGCCGCCUGCGCACCGCCGCGCCGCGCCCGGCCUUCGCCAAGGAGCUCUUCGUGGGGACGCUGCGGAAGGAAGAAGUUUUCCCUUAUCCAGAAAUUACCAAUGAAGAACUGGAGGAGAUCAAGCAGUUUGUGGGACCUGUGGAAAAAUUCUUCAAUGAAGAAGUGGACUCUAAGAAGAUUGAUCAAGAAGCAAAAAUCCCACCUGAAACUUUAAAAGGACUGAAGGACCUGGGUCUCUUUGGCAUGCAGAUUCCAGAGGAAUACGGUGGUCUUGGGCUGUCAAAUACCAUGUAUGCACGUUUGGGAGAGAUCACUUCUCUAGACGGAUCUAUCGCAGUUACUCUGGCAGCACAUCAAGCUAUUGGGCUUAAGGGAAUCCUCAUUGCUGGCACUGAUGAGCAGAAAGCAAAGUACCUGCCUCGACUGGCAUCUGGGGAGCACAUUGCAGCUUUCUGUCUCACCGAGCCUGGAAGUGGAAGUGAUGCUGCCUCCAUCCAGACACGAGCAACCCUCAGUGAAGAUGGCAAACACUUCUUAUUAAAUGGCACCAAGGUUUGGAUCUCAAAUGGUGGCCUUGCCAGUAUUUUCACAGUCUUUGCCAGGACAGAGGUGGUGGAUAAAGAUGGACAGGUAAAAGACAAGAUCACUGCUUUCAUCGUGGAGAGGGAUUUUGGUGGAGUCACCCAUGGGAAACCUGAGGAUAAGUUGGGCAUUCGAGGAUCCAACACCUGUGAAGUACAUUUUGAAAACACAAAAGUGCCUAUAGAGAAUGUAAUUGGAGAAGUAGGAGGGGGAUUUAAGGUUGCCAUGAAUAUCCUGAACAGUGGGAGAUUUAGCAUGGGCAGUGCAUCUGCUGGAAUGAUUAAAAAGCUGAUAGAAAUGACAGCAGAGUAUGCUUGUACCAGGAAACAGUUCAACAAGAAGCUGAGCGAGUUUGGAUUAAUUCAGGAGAAGUUCUGCUUCAUGGCUGUGAAGGCAUAUGUAAUGGAGAGCAUGGCUUACCUCACUGCAGGGAUGAUGGACAGGCCAGGCUUUCCAGACUGCUCCGUGGAGGCAGCAAUGGUCAAGGUGUUCAGCUCGGAGGGCGCGUGGGCCUGCGUGAGCGAAGCCCUGCAGAUCCUGGGGGGCCUGGGCUACAUGAGGGAUUACCCCUACGAGCGCUUCCUCAGAGACACCCGCAUCCUGCUCAUCUUCGAGGGAACAAAUGAAAUCCUGCGAAUGUAUAUUGCAUUGACGGGGAUGCAAUAUGCAGGCAAAAUCUUAACUGACAAAAUUAAAGAGAUCAAGAAAGGCAACGUGGGAGUGGCGCUGGGAGAGUUCUUCAGCAGGUUACGGGACACGAUGGGCAGAAAAGUGGACUAUGGGCUGGUUGGUGCUGAUGGAGUGGUGCACCCCAGCCUCCAGGAAAGUAGCAAGAAACUUGAAGAAAAUGUUUAUUAUUUUGGAACCACAGUGAAAGGGCUGCUAAGAAGGUUUGGCAAGACCAUAGUGGAUGAGCAGCUGGUCCUGAAGAGAGUGGCUGAUGUGGUGAUCAACCUGUACGCAAUGACAGCGGCCAUCUCCCGCGCCAGCCGCUCCAUCAGCAUCGGCCUGAGGAACCACGACCACGAGGUGCUGCUGACAAAUAUCUUCUGCACAGAAGCAUAUUUCAAGAAUAAUUAUGCCAUGGCUCAACUAGAAAAAUAUGCAGAUGAGAAUCUGGAUGACUACAUCAAGAAAGCAGCGAAGCAGGUGCUGGAGAAGCGCUCAUAUACCUGCUCCCACCCCCUGGACAGGACCUUCUGACACUGCCAGGUGCUGAUGGGUUCAAGCACUGACUGGUUUGUCAAGUAUCUGACACCAUUUCCUGACUUUACCAAACUUAAUUAGCUACAACAGUAAAAAUAAAACUUCUAACCAGAUCUCCACAGCAGGAGGCUACAA